CCCCGGUCGGUGAGGGCUCAUAGCCAAGUCGGACAUCCAAGCGGAAAGUAGCGAGAGUAGAAAUCGAUCGAACGAACGACGAACGAAAGUGAGGUGAUUUCGGGAAAGGAAGAAAACUUCGCUGUGUGCAAUUUAGAAAAGGCGCUCCUCGUAAGGAAGCAAUUAAACAGAGUGAUAUUAUGUGUCUGCAAGGGAUGCAUCAUCGGGUUAGUGGGCGGCUGUUGGGUGGAGGAGUGAUUGAUGAUGAAUUCAACGUAACGAAAAGUGAAGUGGAAAAGAGCCUGUUGCGUGAGGCGCCCAGUGAGAGUGACCGAGUGGCAGUGGAGGAAGAACUUUAUCGCGAUAUGCUGGCCGGAGGUACCCAAGUAACGCGGAAGUUGUUCGAGGACAUCAAACGCCUGGGGGACAAGUUUUGCCAGUCUACCACCUACAAGAUCCUCACGCGAACCACGCAACCAUCGCAUGCAAUCUCGAUGCUGUUCGUGUCCUUUAUGCUGCUGGUGCUUUGGCCGAACAUCAUAGGUCAAUCGAAGGAAUCCAGCGGUGACUGUGCUCGAUUGCAACCUCGGGCCAGUGUGCUGGUUUCGUUGGCCUACUUUGGUUCCUUCGCAAUGCACUUUGGAGCGCAGAUGUGGAUGACCUUCGUGUCCGGUCUGGCACUGUACUUCAAUUUGCCCCGUCAUACCUUCGGCCGAAUCCAGGAGAUCCUGUUUCCGAAAUACUUCUCCAUGGGAACCGGUCUCAGCGUUGUAACGCUGCUGGCGUUCAUCAACUUGCAGCGGGCGGCACAUCCGGAACUGAAAACGGCCUCGCUGCACAACUGGGACCCAAUCCUGUUGCUCCAGUUGACUACUUUGGCACUGUGCGCCAUUUUGGAGCUCACCGUUUGGCUCUACCUGGCGCCACCGAUGCUUCGGCUGAUGCAUCUGAAGUAUAACUUCGAAGCCCGGGAAACCGUCGGUCAGGAGAUCGGUCAAUUCAGCGGAACGGAAAAUGUCCAGCUGCGUCGUUCCAGUCCGUACCAGAAUGUGCACAAACGCUUCCGACAGAUUCAUAUGCUAACCGCAUCGGUCAACAUGGGUUCCCUGCUGUGCACCUUCGUUCAUCUGCACUAUCUGGCAUCACGGGUCGAGCUGCACUGAGCGGCGCGAUUGCGUGCGCAGUGGUGGCCGCCAUUUUGUUUGGUCGCCAUACUCACCAGAUCAGACUGAGACACGUGGAUAGUUUUUGCAUAGCUCGACGGAGCCCGUUUUUAACCAAAGUAUUAGCGACGGAAAAUUCCAGCUGUAAGCAGUAUUAAAUUCGGAAGGGAGUGUAAAUUUGAUCGUCGGAGAAUGUGAAACAGAUUAGGAUCAAAAUUUCGCAUCGCAGAAUCUAGUCGAUUAUUUCUUUUUUUUUUCUUUAGAAUCAAAAACAAACGAGCCUAGCUCAUGCAGACAAGGUAACAAAAAAAAAUCAAACCAACAUGAGACUGAAACCUCGCGAUUUCCGGGUACUUCCGGGGUCCAGUUGGAAGCACUAUUUCUACUUCAGAUCCCACGUCGGGUUUUUGUUAGUUCACUGGGAGCACUGGAUUUAGGUGAUUUUUGCAAAAAACAACAAAAAGAGAUUAAUUAGAUACGAUAGUUAAACAAUUACUAUUAGCCGUAAGUUUGUUUUUAAUAGCCUAUUUAUUGUGUUAGGUGGGAAACCACAGAAAAGAAAACGCAAAAGCGAGAAUGAAGAUCUGAAGUAGCAUUACUAGUAAGUAGACUGUAAUACAUCAAAUGAUCAUAGUCUUAAGUAGUUAAAAAUUAUCAUCAAUCAAUUAGUGCUUUCCUUGCAUGAAAACCCCCAAAUAUUUAUUGUUUCACGCCCUACUAGAUGCUUAUAUAACUGAAGCUAAUAUGUGACAGAACUCUAAGGAAACAAUUGUUAUACGAUUUUAACUCAAUAGCUGCUAUCUCGUCGGAGCAGUUAACAAUAAAGAAAAAAUACCAUUUCAAA